UGCCAAAUGUCUCCUAAAAUAUUUCUAUAUAAUGGCAUGUCAACCUCUUCCUAAUUGCUCAACUUUAACACUUUAAUCUGAGAAAAUGGUGUUGUCUGAUCUGGAGAUCUGCAAGCCAACUUCAACUUCUCACAAUAAAGUUGGUAUUUCUAGAUCUGGGAGAGAUCUGCCACCAGCUCAUUACUUGUUCAAAAUUGAAUCAUAUUCCGAAUUGAUGAACACAGGAGUGGAGAAGUAUGAGACUAAUGUUUUCCAGGCUGGGGGAUACAAAUGGAGGCUGAUACUCUAUCCAAGUGGUAAUAUCAAAAGCAAUGGCAAUGGUUACGUGUCCUUAUACUUGGCAAUAGCAGAUACCGAGAAGCUUUCUAGCGGUUGGGAGGUUGACGUAAACUUCAAGCUGUUCGUCUUUAAUCAGAAAAAUAACAAUUAUUUAACCAUCCAAGAUGCGGAUGGCACCGUAAGAAAAUUUCAAGAAAUGAAAACAGAAUGGGGUUUUGAGCAAUUAAUUUCGUUGGAGACUCUCUUAGAUUCAUCUAAUGGAUACCAUGUUGAAGAUUCUUGUUUGUUUGGAGCUGAGGUUUUCGUGAUUAGUCGUUCUGGCAAAUGGGAAAGUCUUUCCAUGGUCAAAGAGCCUCCUCAUGGCACCUUCACUUGGAAAAUUGGGAAAUUUUCAACAUUGGAGGAGACUUACUACCACUCCAAAUCCUUUACCGUGGGUGAGAGAGACUGGAAUUUGAGGGUUUAUCCCAGAGGAAUCGAGUCCGAGAGAGGCAAAGGUCUAUCUGUUUAUUUACAGCUCACAGAUUGUGAAAGGUUCCCAGCGAAGAGAACAGUGUAUGCAAAAUUCAAGUUGGGAAUUUUAGACCAGCUCAACAAUAAAUAUCAUGAGAGAACAGAUAGCCACUGGUUUCGUGCCUCAGGUAAUAUUUGGGGUUUUAAAAAGUUAGUAGCUCUGAGUGAACUCUAUGAAGCAGCAAAAGGAUAUAUUAAAGACGAUACUGUAAUUGUGGAGGUUCAAAUCCUUGUGAUGUCCAUAGCUAAGAUUUCCACCUAGCUAGAAUUUUUCUUCUUCUGAUUAACAUUAAAUAAAUUAAGAAUCCUGUGUGGUUGUGGUGGACAAUUAUCUGGUAUUUUGGUGUAUUUCAAAUAACGUUUAAUUUAUGUUUGUUUGAGACUAUUGUGUGUAACUCGUGUUAUGCACGAAAAAUUAAUGUUUGAGUUAAAUUUGUAAUAUAUAUAUAUAUAUGUGUGUGUAAGAAAUAAAA